UGGCUUCGACUCAAGUGGACGAUGCGUUCGGAGUGCGAUGAUAAUGUCUGAAUUCUCCAAUGGUUGAGGAGGAAAGUGAAAUCGAAGCAAGCAGCAAAGAGCGACUGCAGAGGAAAAAGAGCUCUCGAUCGCUUCAAAGGCGAAAUCAUUUGGGUGCCUCAACUAUCCAAAGCUCCAGUUCACUCAAGGGUGAGGAGGGCUCAGACUCAGAGGUGGAGUCUGAGAGUUCUGAGGAGGAUCCACAGGAUCUCACACAACAGAAUUAUUGCCCCGGGCAAUUGCUCCAGGCCUUGACCAGCAAGUGGAAAGGACAUACUGAAAAGAUGGUGGUCCAAAUCAUCAGAUCGGGUGUUGACAUCAAUGAGAAACUCACGGAGCCGUGGGACCCAGGCUUUGCCAAUUUUAAGCAAACGGUUGGCGCAGAGCCACUACAUUUUGCUGUUCGCCUUGGUUUAUUGAAGGCAUGCACGGCGCUUCUUGAGUGCAAUGCGGACAUUGAUGCCCAGACCAACACAGGUGUUUCAGCUUUAAUGGUCGCAGUGAUGUUCAACCGUUUGGAUGUUGCGAGACUUUUGGUUGAUGCGAAGGCCAGUGUCCUCCGCCAAGAUCAGAACGGUUUGUCUGUCACUGACAUUGCCAUUUUGGAGGGAAACCCGCAGAUGGUCCAGAUGCUUUUGGAGCGGGAAAAGCAGGAGGAUGAAGAGAUGGAGGCUGAGGUCAUGCAAGGGGCCAUAGAUGCGGGGGCGGACAUCUCCCUGCUGCCACCUGUUGACAAGUCGCUUGCUUUAGACGAGCAAGAAAUCCUCCGGCAAAUGCUUAAGAAAGGGUCUUAAUUGAAUCUUGGUGUCCUCACAACUUCAGCUGGCGAAAUGCACCGCUGGAGAAAAGGAUUGUGCAUUUAUGACACAAGUACAAGUAGUCUCAAGUCUACAUCCUUGCUUUUGUUUUAGCCUCAAAGCAUAGUCCCGACCAGCAAAACUCAUGGGCCCUGUUGCUG